UUCUGCAAAGAGGUGGGGUGUUGCUUUGCAGUCAUUCAGGCGCACUGUACGAGAGGGCGGUUCUGAUUCUUUACAACGACAUCCACGACAGAUAACUGAUUUGUAAAACAGCAACGGGAGUAUGGACUUGAGCUUGCGUGACGCUCUCACUGACGGGAAGCCUCAGAUGGGCUCAGAGUCUCUGCUGAAGAGGGACUUUGUGGCGGGACUGGAAGCAGAAACGUUUGACGACAAAGUAGGAGAGAAAGUGGGCAAGGCCGAGUACCGGCCUCUGAUGGACCGCAUGGAUGGGAAGAAGGAAGAGUCCAGCUUCAUGUCUGGAGUGCACAUGGGGGGGAUGAGGCUCGAGCCCCAGGGAGAGAAGGGCCCCAUCUCCACAGUGCAACAGAACUACAGCGCUGACUUCCUGUCAGGUCCAGUUUCGAUGAUGGGAAUGCCUGACCAGUGGGGAAGCCAGCAGAUGGGCUCCAAGAUGAAGGACAACAGCAUGGACUCCUUUAUGGGUUUCCCUCAGACAGGCAUGGGCAUGGGUAUGAGUACGGGCCUCGGGGUCACUGCUGUCCAGUCAGGCAAGCCCUCUGGCAUGGCCGAGCCUCCAAAGACCUCGCCUCUGUUUGGCACAGAGCCCCCGAAGUCAACGCAGAUGCUGGGCAAACCCAACGACUCCAACCCCUUCAACAUCCAGGACAAUUCUGUAGAAGUUUGGGGGAACCCUUGGGCAGGUGAGGACAAGCAUGACACGGCCCUACCCAGUGCCCCCUCCGUCACCACGGGAACCAGUCACCAUGCCGACAGGAUGGAACAGAGCCCCUCAGAGCCCUCCACCCCCCAGGGGUCUUUGUCCCAAGACCCCGCCUCUGGCGAGGAGAAGGGGAGCGAAGGGGCCAGUGGCAGCAAACAGCAGAAAAGGAAGAAGAAGAAGCGAAGGCAUAGGGAGGAGGUGUAUGACCUCCUGGAGAGCCUGGGUUCCCCCGAGUCGGAGGAGGCCCCGGCCGAGGGCUCCCCGAAGGGUUGCUCCUCGCCCCCCAGCGUGGAGGAGGAGGAGAGCUGGGAGAGUGACAUACGGGGCAGGGGAGGGGGUGGGGGUGGGGGGGGGGGGGGCAGGAUCAGGGCCAGGAGGAAUAAAAGCAGGAAGAAGCUCCCCGAGGAGUGGGGCGCACCUGUGAAGCAGGGCAUGGGCGCCGUCUCUCCCUCUGACCCCGACUCAGGCUCCCUGACUCAGGCCUCCAUGGGCUUCCUCGGUGCAGAGCAGGACAGCGGCCCCAAACCUGCUUCUGUAGCAGCAGCAGCCUCUGUGCCACCUCCACCACCAUCCACAUCCACAUCCACCCUCAUGCCAGGCAGUCAGGCAAACACCACUGCACUCUCUGACCAGAAGGACACCAGUGCCCUCUCCGCUGGUGACUCUGCUGGCAAGAAGGAGGGGUCUGGGGAGAAGGACCAUGCACCCUUUGGUCUCCUCGGGACAAAUGCUUUCUCAGCAAAGGAUGAGAAGAUGUUCAAGCAGGAGAAAGCAGAUCCCUUUAGCAAGGGAGACAAUUUCAACAUGUUCGAGAAGACAGACAAACCAGAGAAGGUGGAGAAGAUGGAUACCUUUGAGAAGAAGGAGAAAGAGGACACAACUAAAAAGAUAGAAAACGUGGACAAGACUCAGAAGAGUGAGAAGAUCAUCAAAGACGAGGAUAAACACGACAAGAUGGAGAAACACGACAACAAAGCGGAGAAGAGCGAGAAGGUGGACAAGCCUGAGAAGACCAACAAGGAGAAGGAGGAGAAGGCCAACACCGAGAAGACAGACAAGGCAGCCAAAGCAGAAAAGAACGAGAAGGCUGGAAAGGGCACCGCCAAGUCUCCGACCGCUAAUGGCAAUAAAGACCUGGUCAGCCCAGACAAGGCCAAGAUAACUGUAGGGUCAACCAAAACAAGUGCAUCCAAAACAAGACCAAACUCGCUGUCUACGGCAGAAAGUGCUGCCGCCCAAAAUCGCACGUCCUCUGCGGUCAAGCCUGCUGCUGAUAAAAAAUGCCCGGCCCCCAAGGCCAGCACCCCGUCUAGUGGCCCGAAGCGAACCACUCCCAGUGAGGCUAAGGCGAAGACACCUGACAAUGGCACUGCCCAGAAGCGACCCUCAGUGUCCAAGGCCAAUGGUGCCCCUGCGUCUCGCACCACCACCCCCAAAAAUGGGGCUCCAGCCGGCACACACACCGCCCGCCGCUCCUCAGCCUCAAAGGCCGAGAGUAAACCAGGCGAGGCGAAGAAGCCCAGCACAGCCAAGACGACAGCAGCUCGCCCCAAGACGAGCCAGACACCGACCCCUGACUCUGCCACACCAGCAACCACCAAUGGCACCCCUCGCCGCUCUCGUAUCACCAAGCCCCCCGUGCCCAAACAGACAGUGCCCGAGAAGAAGCCGCCCGUCCCACGGGCCCCAAGGAAGCCCCUCUCCGCACCCAUGCCUGACCUCAAGAACGUCCGCUCCAAAAUCGGCUCGACGGACAACAUGAAAUACCAGCCUGGUGGUGGAAGGGUGUCCGCAUCCCAGGGCAGGAGCGAUGCUCUGGCAAAGGGCUCCCUCUCCAAAGAGACCAGCCAGAGCAAAGUUCAGAUAGUUCACAAAAAGCUGGACUUCAGCCACGUCACCUCCCGCUGUGGCUCCAAGGACAAUAUCAAGCAUGUCCCUGGUGGAGGGAAUGUUCAGAUUCUCACUAAAAAGGUGGAUGUAAGCAAAGUGACAGCCAAGUGUGGCUCCAAGGACAAUAUUAAGUACAAACCAGGAGGUGGUGAUGUGAAGAUAGAAUCCCACAAGGUGAACAUCAAGGCCAAGUCUAAAAUAGGAUCCAUGGACAAUCUUGGCCAUGAAUCAGGAGUUGACAAUGGCAAGGCUGAAGGGGCUAAAGAGAAGGCAGGAGAGAGCCCAUCCCCCCCUGGUACCAACCAGACAGCUGCGUCAGCUAGCAUGGCAAAGGAGAAUGGGGUGAAGGACAGCGCCGCCAUGCCCAUGCCAGUGCCAUCUGUGGGCGAGGGGCUCCGAGACCCUCCACAGGGGAUGGACAAGCACAUCACUGGGACAAAUUGAGUCUUACCAUGAGCUUUUGGCGGGAG